CUCUUUGUUGGCUAUUAUAAAGCGCCGAUUAACUUCUGAGAGCCUUUCUCUGGUGUACAGACUUAUUAGGACACUCAGAAUGCAAGUCGUAAAGUCAAAGAUACUAGGACUAAGUCUAGCUAUUUUAGGUUGGAUCGGGGCGAUCGUGUCCUGCGCUCUACCCAUGUGGAAGGUCUCCGUCCGGUUUAAGACAGGGCAGACCAUAUGGGAGGGAAUCUGGGAGAGAUGUGAGGAGGAUAGCACCGAAGAGAUGCAGUGUAAAAUCCCUGACUUCAUGACCCUCAGCUCGGACCUGCAGGCGGCCCGGCCUCUGUGCUUCGUCGUUAUCGUGAUGGGAGUGCUCGGAUUUUCCUUCUUCAUCAGGGGCGCCAAGUGCACUCGAUGCGUGAAGGAGGAACGCGCCAAAGCCAGAGUUAUGUUCGCCGCUGGCUGCACCUUCAUUUGCGCUGCCGUUUUGCUUUUGAUCCCCGUGUGCUGGGCGGCUUACAGUACCAUCAGGGCUAUCUUCAAGGAUUUCAUCAGAUCUGAUUCUUACAUCGACGAGUUUCCGAAAGAGAUGGGUGCAUCUCUGUAUUUGGGAUGGGCGUCCAGUGCCCUUCUGUUCGGUGGAGGGACCAUUCUGUGCUGCAACUGCCUCCCGGAAAAGGUUAUUAAAAAGGUUAUUGAGCACACCGGCGAGGAAUUAAUGUCACAAGCUAAUUUGUGAGAACAUACACUGUAUUAAUGUCACAGGCUGUUUCUUGUGAUAUGCAAAUUAUCCUUAUAUGCCAAGUUUUUUGAACCAACUGUAUAUGUAAUCCUCAGAAACAUUAUAAACCUGUGAUGUUGACGGCUCUUGAAUUACAUGUUUGGCAAAAGAAAGAUACAUAUACAGUCUUAUAUAAACUAUAGUUUAUUAGAGUAGAGUAGAGAGGAAAAAUAUGUAUUAGAAAAGAAUAUAACAAGAGGUUGUAGCAGCCGAUAAAGUAAUAACGUCCAAAACGUAAUAAUUGUAUUUUAAUAAAGCCAAUAAUGUAGUAACAUUUAUAAAUCAAUAAGGUUUUGCCCAUAAUGUGCUGGUCAUUAUGUUAUCGGCUUGGUUUGGGAAAAACUAUAAAAAUGUAAUAACUGCAGGCAAUAAUGAAAUAACAUGAUAUCACUUAAUUUAAAGUUUUUUUACUGGAUAUAAAGUGUCACACUUCCAUGGCACAGUACUUCUUCCAAAUAGCUUAAAAUC